AUGCCUGGUGAACAGGUCAGCGUGUCCCUCGUCCCCCUAUUCGCAGAUACUCCCCCGCUGCGCACUAUCACCCUCUCGGAAGACAACCCAAAUGUUUCUAUCGGGCGCGCCUCCCGGCGUGAGAUCAAGAAUCGUUUCCCAGCCAAAGAAAAUGGCUGGUUUGAUUCUCGAGUUAUGUCUCGAGAGCAUGCCGAGUUGAGCUUCUGCGCUAAAACGAGAACCGUCUAUAUCUGCGACUAUGAAUCCACGCACGGAACAUGGUUGAAUAACGCCAAGAUGGUAACUGGCGAGAAGACCCCAUUACUCAGUGGGGAUCUGCUACGGUUUGGUGUCGAUGUCAACCGCUUUGACGAAGUGUUCCCGGCGUUCUCGGUACGCUGUCAUAUCGACUGGCCUCAUACCCAGUACGAAAAUCUCCCACUGCAGUAUCACACGCUUGUUUCUAACAUUGUCAUCAGCAGUCAGGAGCAGACUCCGGAUUCUUCAGUGGACGGCUCGAAGUCGAAGACAUCUACAAACACAUUUUGUGUUCCCGAAGACGAAGAAAGUGAAGAUGAUGUCUCCACGGGCUCGCUUAGCAACGAAGUCGAUGCCAUCCCCGGCGAGCAUUCGGACACCUCGGAUGAACUUCCCUCGAGUUCCAGCGAUGCGAAAUCCCGACCUAAUUUCUGGCUGCUCCCUUCGUCAAGAUUGAACAUCACCGGUGCCAUUGAAGCAAAGGUGGAAGCAGAGCUACCAAAAUGCACCGACAAGAGUGGGACUGAGCCAGAGGAGUCGAUUCAAACGAAAAGUGCUGGCCUCUCAACACCCAUGGAGACACCCACCCAGUCCGAUGCUCUGAGGACGGCUUCCCCCAAGGAAACUUACCGCAAUGCUCCAGAGAUUUAUUAUGACGUUCCAGAGAAAGGCUUCGAAGAUUGGGUAAUGCUAAAGCCAGGCUUCAUGCGUGCAGCGGACAUUCGAUGGGGCGAAUGUGAUAGCUUGCCCAACAUUGACCCAGAAGAGCAGAUUAUUCAUGCUGCGCGACGGUGCUUCGUGCCCGAAAAUACCUAUUUUGUUGGCGACGACCCAAAGGACAAGCCUAUCACUGGAACAGAAUGCGCAUGGCAAUUGAGCCCCGAGCAUUCCGAUGUCAAUUUCCAUGCGGUGUCUGAAGUGGGUCUUCAAUAUUGGUUUGUGGACACAAGAAAAUACUGGGUUAUCUGGGAGGAAGGCAACGGCUUUCCACGCGGGUGGUGGCUGGUCGAAAAGCCACUAGAGUUUAUCAGCGAAGAUGUGAAGUCUCAAUUUCAACACGAGUCUGCCAUUGAGGACUGGAACAAAUGCUGGAUUGUUCCGGCCUGGCUACCUGAGUUGUUCGGGCAGAACUGCCGCGAGGGAACGCCGCACUGCGACCCUGAAUUCAUCGAGGCGCCUUUCGUGAAGGGUACUGGGCGGUUUGACUUGGACGAGGAAGAAGAUCCCGACUGGGAUUCUGAUGCAUCGUCAAUCGAUGUGUCAGUCUCAGAACAUCUAGAAGACUCAGAAGACGAGGAUUCAUCGCAUUCCUUUAACGAUUUAGCAUCUCGCGCUGAGAUCGCGGGGCUUUACACGGAAACAGCCCUUGCGCUUGAAUUCAAGUCUGACGGCAAUUCCGAUGAUGAAAAUGCCGGCCAUGAUGAGGAGGCAUUUAUUGAUCCAGCCAAGCUUACACGAGAUACCGCGACGUCACCCAUAUCGAGUGAGACGACGGAGAGCGACAAAACUUCGUCUACAGGGCCUAAGCCUGCCGCAUCGAACGCCGACGGUACGGCCUUGACCGACCCCAGAGCCCGUUUUCCCCAGUAUCCUGUUACUCGUGUGCUCGCACCAGUUGAUCCAGAGUCUCAUGCUUGCACUGAAAAUGUGGAUCCAGCAUUUGCUUUGUCCCGGUCAAUUACUCCACAUGUUUCAUACAGCGAUGGGCCUUUUGCCAAGGCAAAGAUCACUACGCCUAAACUGCAGAUCAACCAGGAACAAACUCCAGCCCUGAAGGGUUCACUGAAACGCAAGGCCCCCGAAAUGGAGUCAGAGAUGGACCCCAGUGAAUUACAGGCUUCCUCCGAGUCUGACAUUGCCGACGCCAUUAGUUCAGCACUCUCCGAGAGCGAGCCUCCGCGGAAGCGAGUCAAGCCAGGCCACUCGUCUCUUUCCAGGAAUCUUGCGAGCCAUGCUGCGACUGCCAUCAUUAGUGCCGUGCUUGGCGGUUUGGGCACCAUCGCUGCUUUGGCAGCUUUGCCACCGGACUACUUCAGCUAG